GACACCCUCGCUCCCUCUCCCUCCGGCAUACGCAUACGUGCUAAGAGCAGCAGCUUGAUUAACUCCACCGGCCCUGCCUGUGAUCAUCGGAGUUGUGCCCGAGAUCAUGGCGGAGACGGUGCUGAGCAUGGCGAGGUCCAUGCUGGGAGGCGCCAUCAGCAUGGCCACCUCUGCCGCCGCCGCCGAGAUGGGCCUCCUCAUCGGCGUCCGCAAGGAUAUCUGGUUCAUCAAAGACGAGCUCGAGACGAUGCAGGCAUUCCUUGAGGUCGCUGAAAAAAUGAAGAAGAAAGACGUGCUCCUGAAGGUGUGGGCAAAGCAAGUGAGGGACUUGUCCUAUAAUAUUGAAGAUGGCCUUGGUGAGUUCAUGGUGCAUGUCGGAAGCCAAAGCUUGUCAUGGCAGCUGAUGAAGCUCAAAGAUCGCCACCGCAUUGCAAUUCAGAUUCGCGAUCUCAAAACAAGAGUUGAAGAAGUAAGUGCUAGGAACACCCGGUACAACUUGAUCAAGAUGGAUGCCUCCGAUGCCAUUGAUGAAGUUGAUUCUCACAUGGAAGAUAUUCGCAAUCACUCGGCUAGCAACGUCGAUGAAGCAGAACUUGUUGGAUUUUCCAAGCCUAAGGGGGAGUUGAUUGAGUUGAUGGAUGUCAAGACUAAAGGUGGUGCUGCCAAAGUGGUAUUUGUUGUUGGCAUGGGUGGCUUAGGAAAGACCACUCUUGCAAGGAAGACAUAUGAAAGUAAGGAAGAUAUUGUAAAUAAUUUUUCUUACCGUGCUUGGAUCACAGUCUCGCAGACAUUUUCCAAAAUAGAGAUGCUCAAGGAUAUGAUCAUGCAACUUUUCGGAAAUGAAGAACUGAAGAAAUGUUUGAAGGAACUUGAAGGAAAGAUGGUGCAAGUAGAUGACCUCGCUAGCUACCUCAGGGAAAUGCUACAGGAGAAGAGGUACUUAAUCGUUCUUGAUGACUUGUGGACCAUUGAUGUGUGGGGGUGGAUAAAAGAUAUUGCUUUUCCUAGUAGUAACAUCAAAGGUAGCCGGAUAAUAGUAACAACACGAGAUAUUGGCCUAGCUCAGGAGUGUGCUUCCAAAUCGCUUAUUUACCACCUUAAACACCUACAGAUAGAUCAAGCAACAAAUUUGUUACUGAAAAAGAUUGGGAAAACACACAAAGAAACUGAAAGUGAUGAAAGGAUGCGGAACGUGAUUUCCAAAAUAGUAAAUAAGUGUGGUGGUUUACCAUUGGCUAUACUCACCAUAGGAGGUUUGCUUGCUACCAAAGUGGUAGAAAUGUGGGAGAGUAUUUAUGAGCAGAUUCCCUCAGAGCUUGAGACUAACCCAAGCCUUGAAGCAAUGAGGAGGAUGGUCACUCUUAGUUACAACCACUUGCCAUCUCAUCUUAAAUCAUGCUUCCUGUAUUUGAGCAUCUUUCCGGAGGAUUUUGAAAUCAAGAGAAGACGUUUGGUUGAUAGAUGGAUAGCAGAGGGGUAUGUUACAGCUAGUGGUGGAGUGUAUGUUGGGGAUGUUGGAAUAGGUUAUUUCAAUGAGCUAAUCAACCGAAACAUGAUUCAACCAUCAAAAGUGAACAUAGAAGGAAUUGUUAAGAGCUGCCGGGUCCAUGAUAUCAUACGUGAUGUAAUGGUCUCAAUUUCUAGAGAUGAAAACUUUGUGCACCUGCUGGGAGAUAGUGAAGCGAGUAUAUUAGAGGGGAACUUCCGUCAUGUAGCAUACCAUGGUAGCAAGUGCCAAAAUAUUGGCAUGGAUUGGAGCCAUGUUCGGUCACUAACAAUGUUUGGUGAGAGACCCACGGAGCCCUCGCCUUCAGUUUGUUCAACCAACAUGAGGAUGCUUAGAGCCUUGGAUCUAAAGAAUACACUGUUUAAAAUUAGACAAAAAGAUAUCAACAACAUUGGGUUGUUGUGCCAUUUGAAAUAUGUGGAUUUUGAAGGACCUUCACAUAUAUAUGCACUUCCAAAGUCGAUACAGAGAUUACGAGGUUUGCAAAACUUGGACAUUAGAAAGAGUUAUAUAGCAGCACUGCCAACUGGGAUCACUGAACUCCAUUGUCUUCGCAGCCUUCGCUGUAGCAGAUGGAAGUUAUACGACUAUUUUGAUAAGGAUGAACCCAUGAAAUGUUUGAUGCACACAUUGUGCCUGCCAAUGCUAUGCACACCUUCAGUUGAUGCUGAUCAUCGUGCUGAACUAACUGCUGAGAUACAUAUGGCAUACUCUAGCCGGUGGUCUGAGACAGAAGGUGUGAGGAUACCAAGAGGGAUUGGCAACUUAAAGGAGCUACAGAUACUAGAGGUGGUGGACAUCAAACAAACCAGCAAGAAAGCAAUUAAAGAGUUGGGGGAUCUUAUUCAGCUAAGAAAACUGAGCAUGGUAGGUAGAGGAAGGUUUGCCGAGCAAAAACGCAAGAUACUGUAUCUCGGUGCCGCCAUAGAGAAGCUCUCUUCCCUGCGCUCUCUUAGUCUGGAUGUUGACUAUAAUGGAUCACUCGAGUGGUUGCAUAAUGUUUCAUCCCCUCCUCCCCUGCUAAAUAAGUUGAAGUUGCUCGGAGAUCUUGGAGGAAAGAUGCCCGAGUGGGUUGGAAGUAUGAAGCAUUUGGUGAAGAUUCACUUGGAGUGGAGCUACCUAAAGGAAGAUCAAGUCACGGAAAUGCUAGGAAGGCUGCCCAAGCUCAUGCUCCUCAAUCUAGGGGCGGCUGCUUACUAUGGGAAGAAGUUAGUGUUCAGAGAAGAAGCAUCUCUGAAUCUCAGAAAACUUUGCAUUACUAGUCCGGUUGACCUGAGGGAGGUGAAAUUCCAGAAGGGCGCAUUGCCCCAGAUGGAAAAGCUAGCAUUCAAUUAUGUGACGUUGGAAUCAGGGAUCACUGGUAUCAAGCACCUCCCAAGGCUCAAGAAGAUUUCACUUUAUUACCAAGGCAGAGUGGCGAACCUUGGUGUGCUGCAAGCUGAAGUGGACACACACCCCAACCAUCCCGUGCUGAAACUCAAGGAAGACUGCAGCGAGCAUGACUUGGGGAAUGUCGUCCAAGGACCUGGUGUUGCAGAAAUAGAGGAGCAAGAGGAACCAUCCCUCCUCCCACAGACUUGUAUGAUGGGGGAGAGCUCACAAUCAGAAGCGGUGGUCAUGCCGACAACGAACGUCAUCAGCAGCCAUGGUGAUCUGCUCUACACAUACAAUUCAUGCUGAUGCUGCUCGCCUCUUUGUAAAUGGUGAAGGUCUGGCCUCAUCUCACCGCAUUCAUAUGACGAGUUGACGACUUACCACCAUGCUGGACACUAGACUUUCUCAACAUGGGACAAGCUGGAACAACAUGGUAAACUGUCUGAUUGGUUCAAAAUUUGCUGAAGGUUACUAGCCUGCAAGGUCCAAGGAGUCAAAACUGGAGGAAGGUAACUCCUGAAGAAAUUAUUGUUCACUCAGAAGAGGAGCAUUAUUCAAAUUCAGGUAUCUUGAUAUCCACAAGACCGAGAGAUGAGCCUUGGGCAAUAUUCCCGAUGCUUCUGCAGCUCAAGUGAAUAAACAUCCCAAGUUCCAAACAAUCCAGUAGUUGCCAAGGACACUGAAUGUUGUCAAAGUGUGAAGUUGGAAGCCGCAUGAUCGAUCCAUUUUCCGAGCUAGCCAGAAGCUCGCAGUGCCUCAACAAGUCUGUGGGCAUCUGAAGCAAACUGAGCUCAUCCUCAUAACCGACAUAUAUAUUCAGCUGCGGGGAGAACUGUAAGAUCCAACGGACUAUAUCACAAGACGCUACUCAAGUCCGGUGGCUGGUGGUGGCCUCUGAAGUUAUGCUCCCUGAUCAGAUCUAGUGGCAACUGCUGAUUCCCUUAACAAGAUGGCAGCUGGCAGACGAUUCUUACUACGAAUGGAUCAGCUUGAUGAGGAGAACGUGUACUUAUUGACGCAGACUUUACCGGCAUGUUUCUUCUCUGUAUUUUAAGAUGAGAAUUCUAUUUGUUACUGCGAAGUUAUGUGUGCUUCCCUAUGAAUCGAGAAUGCGAACUCGCUAUCCAAGUUCCGCAGAUUGAUUCAAUGAAACACGCCUGCUGUGGCUGCACACAUUCUUUCACAUGUAACAAGACAUGCUAUGAAAAAGAUGAUAUAUUAGUUUUUCAGCACAAGGUCUUUUA